CUGUUACAGUGGCAGCCGCGCCCAUGGUCCUGGGCGCUUUGGGCUUCACCGCGGGGGGCAUCGCUGCCUCCUCCAUCGCUUCCAGCAUGAUGUCUGCCGCGGCCGUGGCCAAUGGGGGUGGAGUGGCUGCGGGCAGCCUGGUGGCCACGCUGCAGUCCGCGGGUGCUGCAGGACUCGCCGCAUCAACCAAGGCCAUCCUGGGUGCAGCUGGGGCAGGUUUGGGUGCCCUGACAGCGCGUGUAGGAAGAGGAGACAUUCUCCCUGCAGUGAAGCACACUGCUGAAGAGGAUCUCCUGGCAAACCCCCACCCUACACGACCCUGGAGAUCAAACAUGAAUACAGUCAUAUGCAAACAUGGCUCCUGUCUUCACUUCCAUGUGGGUGGGGGGAGGCAGGACAGGGUUGGGCUGUCUCCUGUGGACUUUGUCCCCUUGUCCCAGCUGUCGUGGAGGGACCAGGGGAGAUGGCAGGUGGACCAGGCCCGGAAGCAGUAGAUGGCAUGCUUUGUU